AUGAAUUCUCUCAAAAACUUCCAAUCUGAUGUUAAAAACGACGUUACCUGGAAUCGAGCAGCUCGACUGAGCGUCAAAGGGGCUAAAGCCCUUCCCUCAGGAACAGUACAGUACAUCAGCGACAAAGUUCCUAUUGUUGGCUGGUUGCCACGAUAUAACCUACGAUGGCUCAUCAAUGAUCUUAUUGCUGGGCUCACCUUGGGUUUGAUGCUGAUUCCCCAGGGUUUGUCAUAUGCAAAGAUUGCGAAUAUCCCGGUUGAGUAUGGUUUGAUGUCGAGUUGGUUACCAGCUGUGAUCUAUGCAUUCAUGGGAUCUACAAAGGAUGUCUCUACCGGUCCAACCUCGCUCAUCGGUCUCCUCACUUCCGAAAACGUUCACGCACUCCAAGACAGAUGGACCCCAUCCGAAAUCGCCUCCGCAACAGCUUUCAUGAUGGGUAUUUACGGAAUGAUACUCGGAUUUCUCAAGCUCGGAUUCCUCCUCGAAUUUAUAUCUCUUCCUGUUCUAAGCGGUUUCAUCACUGCUAUUGCCAUUACCAUCAUCCUCAACCAGAUGGACUCACUCCUCGGCGAAGAGAAUGUCCGCGACGGUGCAGCCAACCAGAUCCAUGAUAUUUUCAACGAGCUCCCCAAUGCGAACGGCUGGGCAUGUCUUAUUGGAUUUGCCGGAAUCUUAUUCCUCACCAUACUUGAGAAAUCAGGAAAGAGGUGGAGCAAAGACAACAAGGUCAUCUGGCUUCUGUCUACAACAAGAGCCUUCCUGGCACUGGUACUGUUCACCGGUAUCAGUUAUGGAGUCAACAAGAACAGAGGAGAAGACUUUCUCUUUGACGUCGUCAAGGUUCAGUCUGAAGGUCAACAAGCACCCACGAUGCCAAAGGCCGACCUUAUCCCCGAAGUCGCUGGUCGAAGUAUUGCCGUUUUUAUCGGAUCUGCAGUUGAGCACUUGGCAAUCGCCCGUGCCUUUGCGGUCAAGAACAGUUACACUUCUGAUCAAAGUCAGGAGCUGUGCUACCUGGGUAUCACCAACUUCUUCAACAGUUUCUUCCAUGCAAUGGGUGUUGGUGGAGCCAUGUCUCGUACAGCUGUCAACUCCUCAUGCAAUGUCAAGUCUCCCCUAUCUGGUGUUGUUACCAUGGCUGUUGUACUAGUCUGUGUGUAUGAGCUUGUUGGAACACUCUACUGGAUCCCCAAAGCUACUCUAGCUGCCAUCAUCAUCACUGCAGUAUGGGGUCUGAUCUCUCCACCUUCGACUUUCUACCGGUACUGGAAGACAUCAUUGGCCGAUUUCAUCUCGUCUAUGCUUGCACUCUGGGUCACCCUAUUCCACUCUAGCGAAGUUGGUAUCGGCUGUGCUGUGGGUUUCAAUAUUGUCUACAUCUUGCUUCGCCAGGUCUUUACUCGACUGACCUCAACUGGUGCCGAUGUUGAAUCCAACCACAGACCUGCUUGGGCACUUGAUAACAACCACACAUCUCCACUCACCAUUCCAGAGGACGCCAGAAUAUUUACCUUUAACGAGUCCAUGAUCUUCCCCAAUGCGUUUUCGAACACCACCAGGGUCCUUGAUGAGAUUCAGACUUACCACGCAGCCCACUAUGGUGGUAGCCAUGGUCCCGAAACAGAAAGAAAUUGGUCUGUGGUCGGUGAGAAGAGGAUCGCACGUCUCCGCAAGAAGGCCAACAUCAGUGAUCCAUCAUCACUACCGGAAAUUGGACUCGUCGUCCUGGACUUUUCUCGUGUCAACAUGCUCGAUACGACGGCAGUUACAUACCUGAAGAAUCUUGUUUCAAACAUCAAGGCCUAUGGUGGAGACAACACUGAGGUCAGAUUUGCAAACAUGAAUGCCGUCUGUCGUGAACGAGUUUCACGAGCGGGUUGGCACGUAGUUGAAGUUGGUGCAAACCAUGAGCUUCGAGGUGACUUGGAUGAUGAUGGUGAGCCUAUCUAUCUAUACUGGGAUACCAGAGCAGCUGUAGUAGCGCCGAGGAGGAGAGGGUCAGUGUUGAGUGAUGACGGGAAAGGUCAUACUGUUCAUGAAGAAAAGGCUGAAGUAUGA